CUACCCAGCGCCUUUGUGUCCUGCUUUUCACCUGCCUUCUGGCCCUGGCAGCAUCUCUUCCUGCCUUUGACAUAAAAAACUUGCAUCUCCUCAAUGGCACGCUGGAUGAAAUUAUGAAUGUUCCCCCAGAGUCCUCCCAGCUCGAUAAUGGUGACAAACAUGUUCGACAGGUCAGAGACAUCGCCCCGCACCCACCGGCAGGCCACGGUUGGCCCAAGGACUGCAGCGAGAUGCCUGCUGGCAGCCGCAGCGGUGUCUACAUCAUCCAGCCAAAAGGGCUCCACCACCUCGUGGUGUACUGUGAAAUGAAUGUGACAAACGGGGGCUGGACGGUCAUCCAGAGGAACCAGAAAGACACACCGGUCACCUGGGCCGAGUCCUGGAGCACCUACAAGUACGGCUUUGGGAACGUGCGUAGCGAGUACUGGCUGGGCACUGAGUACAUCUAUCAGAUUGCCAAGCAGAAGGUCUACCAGGUCAGGUUUGUCAUCCAGGACUCCACAGACAACACCAAUUUCGCAGACUACAACCUCUUCAGCCUGGAAGAUGAGUCCCACGGCUACCGGCUGAGGCUGGGCUCCUACACAGGGACGGCGGGGGAUGCCAUGACCUCAAACAAUCCCAACACCAUGCAUGACAACAUGAAGUUCUCCACAAAGGAUCGGGAUCAGGACACUUACAGUAAGAACUGUGCCUACAGCUAUGAGGGCGGGUGGUGGUACUCGGCGUGUUAUUCUGUACGGCUGAAUUUCAAGGGUGGAAUGACAUGGGGCAGCCUGUGCAAAGGGAACUGCAAAUCCUCCCUUAUCCUCAUCAAACCAGCUCCGUAUUGUUAG